CCAUUAAUUCAAAAGCCAGCAAAGAACAUGAAAUACUACUGCCCAAUAUUGUUGCUAAUUGCGUUUGGCGUGCUGCAGCAGACAAAUGGCCAUGGCAUGAUGCUGAAUCCAGCGGGUCGUUCAUCGCGCUGGCGUGACGAUUCUUCCGCACCUACGAACUAUGACGACAAUGCACUUUAUUGUGGUGGACUUUGGAAACUUGUGGAGAAUAAAGCUUGCGGCUUGUGCGGCGAUGACUACAGCAUGAGCGUGCCCAGACCCAAUGAACUUGGUGGCACGUAUGGUCAGGGUAAGAUUGUGCGAAGCUACUAUGCCUCCGGCUUUGUCUACGUUAAUGUGCUCAUUACCGUAAAUCAUCUGGGAUACUUUAAAUUUGAGCUCUGCAACUUGGAUGAAUUUGGCAGCGAGUCUGAAGAAUGCUUCCAAAAGAAUCCCUUAGAGUUUCUCAAUGGCAGCAACAAAUAUGAAAUUGGAGAGAGAAGAGGCGAAAUACCCGUAGCUAUAAAGUUGACUGAGGGAUUAGUCUGCAAGCAUUGUGUAUUACGUUGGACCUAUACGGCGGGUAACAACUGGGGCGCUGAUCAGGAGACCUUUAAGAACUGUGCGGAUAUUAGCAUAUUGGGAUCUGCUCGAAGUGUUAUUGAUAACUCUGUUCAAGCUGAGUUGCCUGUGGAAGUCCAAGAAGCUGCUGAAGCUUAAACAAAUAAAUAAUUA